UCGUCACCCUCAGAUGUUGACUAGCACGUGCCUAUCCUGGUGUUCGUGGAAUAUCGGAAUCGAGGCAUGUCAAUUUUGAAAUCACAAGCUCCAUGGAAGCCUCAUGCUCAAUUUCAUCUCCAACUUUUGAAAUCGAAAGCACGAUCCCCAAUUCCGCAACCGAGUUUGCAAUUGCAUGAUCAAGUGACAGUUAAGCGAUUUUUGCGGGUUGAAUCUUUGGAUGCAGAGCACCCGGGUCAUAAGGAGUGGAGGGAGAAAUACUUGGCUCGGCAACAGGUUGAAGCAGUAAAUUCAGUAUGUAUGCUAAGUAAUCAGCCAUUGCUAAAGGGAUUUUCAUCAUUGAGUGACUUUGAUUCUUAUUACAGUGAAGGAUGA